AUGAAAGUGCUAUCAUGGAAUGUUAGAGGCUUGGGUAAGCUUGAGAAAAGAAGAAGUCUUAGAAAUGUUAUAAAGGAAAAAGGGUGGAUUUUGAUGCAAGAAACGAAGAAGUCAAGUUUUGAUGAGCUUUUUGUUAGAUGUAUUUGGCCAGAUGAUGAUCUCGGCUAUAUAGGGGUUGAUGCAGAAGGAAGUGCAGGGGGCUUGUUGUGCUUGUGGAAGCCUGAUGUUUUUCAGCUUAAGGAUUGUUGCGGUUCUAGGAACUUUAUUUCGCUAUCAGGUUUGGUUUUCCAUAGGCAUGAUUGUGUCAUAGGCAAUGUCUAUGCCCCUAAUGAUAGUAGAGAUCGAAGUCAUCUUUGGGUGGUCCUAGCCAAUUUAAAAGCAUCCUUUCCAAAACCGUGGUGUUUAGGGGGGGAUUUCAAUGAAAUCAGAAGUAUAGGGGAACAGAAAGGAUGUGUGAGAAGUGAUAGAGGGAUGCAGGAGUUCAAUGAGUUUUCGAAUAAUCUUCAAUUGGUUGAUGUUCCUAUGUGUGGUAGGAAAUAUACCUGGAGUAAUUUGCAAUUAGGAGUGUGUUGGAGGCGAAUUGAUAGAUUCCUUUUAAAUCCAAAGUGGUUUGAAUGGUUUAGCUUUAAGUUAUGGGGCCUUCCUAGAACGUUGUUUGAUUACUGCCCACUCUUAUUGAAGAAAGAUGAGAAGGAUUCGGGUCCAAAGCCUUUCAAAUUCUUAAAUGCAUAG